GUUCUGAACGAGCUCGGCAGCUGGGUGGGUCUGGGCGUUCGGCGCGCCCUUCAUUGAAGCGGCGGUGGCCGGGCUGGGCGCCGCGAGUGGGAAGCGACGGCGCGGCUGGAAAAUGCCGGUGCAUUCCCGAGGGGAUAAGAAGGAGACGAACCAUCACGAUGAGAUGGAGGUGGACUACGCUGAAAACGAGGGGAGCAGCUCGGAGGACGAGGACACGGAGAGCUCGUCGGUCUCCGAGGAUGGAGAUAGCUCAGAAAUGGAUGAUGAAGACUGUGAAAGAAGAAGAAUGGAAUGUUUAGAUGAAAUGUCCAAUCUUGAAAAACAGUUUACCGAUCUCAAAGAUCAGCUUUAUAAAGAACGAUUAAGUCAGGUGGACGCAAAACUACAAGAAGUCAUAGCUGGAAAGGCACCAGAGUAUUUGGAACCACUGGCAACUUUACAAGAAAACAUGCAAAUCCGUACAAAGGUAGCAGGAAUCUAUAGAGAGCUCUGCUUAGAAUCUGUAAAGAACAAAUAUGAAUGUGAAAUUCAAGCUUCUCGCCAGCAUUGUGAGAGUGAGAAGCUUUUGUUGUAUGAUACAGUCCAGAGUGAACUAGAGGAGAAGAUAAGAAGGCUUGAAGAGGAUAGACACAGCAUUGAUAUUACCUCAGAGUUAUGGAAUGAUGAGCUUCAGUCAAGAAAAAAGAGGAAGGAUCCUUUCAGUCCUGACAAAAAGAAGCCAGUUGUUGUAUCAGGUCCUUAUAUAGUUUAUAUGCUACAAGAUCUUGAUAUUCUUGAAGACUGGACAACAAUUAGGAAGGCAAUGGCUACACUGGGUCCACACAGAGUGAAAACAGAACUUUUUGAACUGAUCCCUUUAGCACCUGUGAAACUGGAAAAACAUCUGCACAGUGCUAGGUCUGAAGAAGGAAGACUAUAUUAUGAUGGUGAAUGGUAUAUACGUGGACAAACGAUAUGUAUUGAUAAAAAAGAUGAAUGUCCUACAAGUGCCAUAAUUACAACAAUUAACCAUGAUGAAGUUUGGUUUAAGAGGCCUGAUGGAAGCAAAUCUAAGCUUUACAUUUCACAGCUACAGAAAGGAAAAUAUUCAAUUAAACACUCGUAAUCAUGAUUUGAGUGUUAUCUAAAUCUACCUUAUUAGUGUUACCAAGUGUGAUGUGCCACAAGAGUAAAAAAUGUAUUGAAUAAUUUAAUAUUCUAAUUGAAUUGUGAGAGGAUGUGUAUUUGUAGGUAAUACUUUAAGUAGACCUCGUAUUGAUAUGUUAUUAAAAGAAACAGUAAUCAAAUUUUAAUCAUGAUCAUCACAUUUAUUUGUCUCUUAGGUCCAAUGACCAAUAGAUAUAUGUGGUAGAGGUUUCUAACUAAACUUUUUUCCUUUUUUUUUUUUUAAUUAUGCAGAUUCGUUUUAUCUUUAGUGAACUAAGUUGCUAAAUGGCUACAAUUAUCGUAAUUUUUUAAAUUUUGUGUAUCUUUGUCACUCAUUGUGUGUUUGUAAAUAAGCCUGAUGAAAUGUUUCCUUUAAAUGGUUUAUACUAGUACAUUAGUGUCAAAUUGGAAAUGAAAUUUAAAUAUAAUAUGUUUGAGUAUGUAUAUAUGGUAUCAUCAGCUUAUUUAGAACUGAUGGUUUUACUUUACAAUCUUGUUUUACCCAAAAUUAAGCUAUUGGGUUUGAAAGCUAAAAGGAGCACUUUUGUAGACUAGCAGAUUUCCUUCUCUUUUUUGAUUGUAUGGUGGUGACCUAUUUUUACAAAUUACAAUGUUAAUUAGUAAAAUUAGUGUCAAGUAAUGACAUGCUUCUACAGUACCUGUAUUUCUUGUGAACCUUUAGAGGGCAGAUAUUUAUGCCUGGUAUUUAUGAUGCAAUAUAUAAAUGGUGGACAGUAACUGACAGUAUUGUGUGCUUGCUGUCCAUGUCUGAUCUUUUGGAACGGAUUUUUAGUAAGCAUUUUCCAGAGGUAAAGCUAGGUCUUUAUUCUAAUUUUAUUCCUAGGGCAAAAUAGACAGGGAUAACUUCCUUGAAUCUAUUCCCAAAUUAAUAUUUUUAUCUUCAGUGUUUUUACACUUUAAGGCCAUUUGGUGCAAUUUUGAAAGUGUUGGCCUCCCUUUCCUUAGCCACAUUCAAAAUUAACUCCCAAAGCCUCAGGAACGGUUAAAAGGGCCAAAACCCUCAAUAUGGCUGUACAGUUUGAUGGCUGUAGUAUAUAGUUAGGGUAUAACCAAAACAAGUAUUCCUGGUGGUCUUGUGCACUUUAAUUUUUGUUACAGUGACACUUAAGAGGAUGAGGAAGAAAUCUAGUUGUUAACACUUAGGGCAGGAAUAUCUGCGUUGUUCUGUUUUUUGUUUUGUUUUUUUUAACUCUUUUACCUCUGCAAACAUUUUCCUGUGCAGAUCACUACUUCACAGUUGCCAAAUUUUAAAAUAUUUGACUUCUGAAACCAUUAUCAGCAAAGUAAUGUUACUUUGUUCUGUUUCUAAUUAACCUUAGCAAGUAUGUAUAAUGUCAUAAUCCAAUAGUAUUUGACCGUACUUAUGUAUACAAUAUUUGAUAAGCAUUUUUAAUAAGAUUUGUAUUUUUAAAUUUAGUAUAUAAUAAAAAGAUGUGUUUGAGUGUCAUUUGUAGUGUCUUAAAUUACUUAUGCAUAUUUAGUUCUUUAUUAUUUACAACCCGUCUGCUUCUAAGAAGGAUUUGAGCCAAUUUACAGUAAUAGAUAAGGAGUGCUGGAGUGCUGAACAAAUGUUUCUGUUUCCCUAAACCACAAUCCAACCUCUACUGGGGCAUAUUUACAUGCUCAUGACAGUAAUUUUAUUUAAUUAAAAGAAAUCUAUACACAUAUUAUACUUUAAUAAAAAUGUACUAUAUCUAAGUUCUGAAAUUCUAAAUAGAAAAUAUUUAUUUAAAAAAUUAUGAUUUAGUAUAUUUACUUUCAAAGCUUUAAUAUUUAUAUAUAACUACUCUGUCAUAAUAUUAAGAUUCAUAUGCUUGUCUAUGAUUGUUGUUAGUUGUCAUCAAGUCAGUUCUGACUCAUGGGA